UUAUAGUGUGUGUGUGUGUUAUAGUGUGUGUGUGUGUGUGUGUGUGUGUUAUAGUGUGUGUGUGUGUGUGUGUGUUAUAGUGUGUGUGUGUGUGUGUGUGUGUGUGUUAUAGUGUGUGUGUGUGUGUGUGUGUGUGUGUGUUAUAGUGUGUGUGUGUGUGUGUGUUAUAGUGUGUGUGUGUGUGUGUGUGUGUGUGUGUUAUAGUGUGUGUGUGUGUGUGUGUGUGUUGUAGUUGGAGGGUGAAGUUGGGUUGUGUUCAGUUUUCGCUCUGAAAGAAGAGUGUAAAAGUUAAAAGGUUAAAGGUUUUCAGACUUUUGAGUUAAUAAGUGUAUUAAUACACAGCAUUAUUAAUCAUUACAGACAUUUUUGUUAUCUCUUAAUUAUAUUUACAAUAUUAAUAAACAUUAAAAUUUAGUAAUGUUUAAUAAUAUCUUAACUAAUGUCAAAUAAAAUUAGAUUGGACAUUUCUUAGCCAUUUAGUACUGUCAUUUUGUACCCCAACAAUAACAACAACAACAAUAAUAAUAAUAAUAAUAAUAAUAAUAAUAAUAAUUAAUUGUGAAGAAGAGUUUCAGCUGAUCCAGGCCAGGAUUUCCCAUCAGCCUCUCUGUCUGUGGAGCCGGUGGCCUCGCUGUACUGUCUGACACGCCAAGCAUGAGACGAGCUACUGACGUCACUGCAGCGAGAGAGAGAGAGAGACAGAGAGAGAGACAGAGAGAGACAGAGAGACAGAGAGAGCGAGAGAGAGAGAGAGAGACAGAGAGAGAGACAGAGACAGAGAGAGCGAGAGAGAGAGACAGAGAGAGAUAGAGAGAGAGAGAGAGACAGAGAGAGAGACAGAGAGAGACAGAGAGAGACAGAGACAGAGAGAGAGACAGAGAGAGCGACAGAGAGAGAGAGACAGAGAGACAGACAGAGAAAGAGGCAGAGAAAGAGAGAGAGAGACAGAGAGAGCGACAGAGAUUGUGUGGUCAGUGUGAGAGAGAGGAGAGUGUGUGGUCAGUGUGAGAGAGGAGAGUGUGUGGUCAGUGUGAGAGAGGAGAGUGUGUGGUCAGUGUGAGAGAGAGGAGAGUGUGGUCAGUGUGAGAGAGAGGAGAGUGUGUGGUCAGUGUGAGAGGAGUGUGUGGUCAGUGUGAGAGGAAGGAGAGUGUGUGGUCAGUGUGAGAGGAGUGUGUGGUCAGUGCGAUGAAGGGAAGAGUGUGUGGUCAGUGUGAGGGAGAGGAGAGUGUGUGGUCAGUGUGAGAGAGAGGAGAGUGUGUGGUCAGUGUGAGAGGAGUGUGUGGUCAGUUAGAGAGAGAGGAGAGUGUGUGGUCAGUGUGAGAGGAGUGUGUGGUCAGUUAGAGAGAGAGGAGAGUGUGUGGUCAGUGUGAGAGAGAGGAGAGUGUGGUCAGUGUGAGAGGAGUGUGUGGUCAGUGUGAGAGAGGAGAGUGUGUGGUCAGUGUGAGAGGAGUGUGUGGUCAGUGUGAGAGAGGAGAGUGUGUGGUCAGUGUGAGAGAGAGGAGUGUGUGGUCAGUGUGAGAGGAGUGUGUGGUCAGUGUGAGAGAGGAGAGUGUGUGGUCAGUGUGAGAGGAGUGUGUGGUCAGUGUGAGAGAGGAGAGUGUGUGGUCAGUGUGAGAGAGGAGAGUGUGUGGUCAGUGUGAGAGGAGUGUGUGGUCAGUGUGAGAGAGGAGAGUGUGUGGUCAGUGUGAGAGAGAGGAGAGUGUGUGGUCAGUGUGAGAGAGAGGAGAGUGUGUGGUCAGUGUGAGAGAGGAGAGUGUGUGGUCAGUGUGAGAGAGGAGAGUGUGUGGUCAGUGUGAGAGAGAGGAGAGUGUGUGGUCAGUGUGAGAGAGAGGAGAGUGUGUGGUCAGUGUGAGAGAGAGGAGAGUGUGUGGUCAGUGUGAGAGAGGAGAGUGUGUGGUCAGUGUGAGAGAGAGGAGAGUGUGUGGUCAGUGUGAGAGAGAGGAGAGUGUGUGGUCAGUGUGAGAGAGAGGAGAGUGUGUGGUCAGUGUGAGAGAGGAGAGUGUGUGGUCAGUGUGAGAGAGGAGAGUGUGUGGUCAGUGUGAGAGAGAGGAGAGUGUGUGGUCAGUGUGAGAGAGAGGAGAGUGUGUGGUCAGUGUGAGAGAGAGGAGAGUGUGUGGUCAGUGUGUUAAUAUGGAGUUAAUAAGGAGUUAUUAUAAGGGUUUAUAAAAGUGUAUUAAUGGUUAUUAAUUAGGUUGUAUAUAAUUAUUAAAUAAUUAAAAAGCAGUUACAACAUUAAUAGAGGGGUCAACAGUCUGUCACCAAAUAGUGAUUCUACACUUAUUUACACGGUUAAAUCUGAGAUGCUGAUUUUAGUUGUUUUUUCAUUAGUUAACAUUAAAAUAUCUAAUAAAAUAAUAUAGAGUCAGUUUAGUCAUUUAAUAUAUUAGUUUACACCAGUUCAUGAAUAUUAAAUAAAAAAAUAAUCUGAAUAAAGUUAUUAAUAUAAAUAUUCAUGCUGAUUUAGAUCAUUCAGAAAAAUCAGAAGAAAUAUUGACGUUUACACCUCUAUAGUCAGUCCUGUUAACGUACAGAGGGAGACAGGUACACAGGUAGACAGUUAGACAGGUAGACAGGUGUGCUGUAGGUAUAGGGAUGUAUCUAUAGUAGAUAACUGGUGUAUCUGGUGCUUCCUCUUAUCUGAGACUCUCAGUCUGCUCCUGAUCCGAGUGCCGGGUGACUCUGUGCCGGGUCUUGGCUGCCACUCUGCUGUUCCGCGGCGCAGCGCUGGCAGCUUCAGGCUGCUGUUUCAGGGGAAGCUCGGCUCACGCUCCUGCCACCGCCACCCCGCUGACCACGCUGAUCACACACACACACACACACACAGCCGACAGUCCACGUCCUGUGCUUUUGUUUGUGUGUGUGUGUGUGUGGUUUAUCAUCUUUCAGUGCUAAUGGCAGCUGGAACACUGGAGACAGGAGAGCCCAGUCAUCUGUUGGUGUGUGAGAGAGUGUGUGUGUGAGUGUGUGUGUGAGCAUCAUGGCUGCAGCUGUUGUUUUGGGCCAGAUGUGAAGCUGAGCAGAGAUGGACCCGCCCACAGAACCGGCGCUGUGCCAGCGGCUCCAGAACUGGACCGGUUCCUCCUCAGAUCACCGGACACAUCACAGUGAAACACUAGCUGAGUGUGUGUGACUGAGUGAGUGUGUUUAUUUUGAGUGCCUGAGUGUGUAUGACUGUGUGUGACUGAGUGUGUGUGUAUGUGUUGUGAUAGGGCACUGCCCGUGGAUGGUGGCAGUACAGUGGGAUUAUGGGUAAUGAGUUCUGGAUCUCUGGCUCGUUUACUGUGGAGGAUCUCACAGCAUGAAGAACCACCGAUGCCUCCAGACGGGGCCCUCCAGCAUGGCAGUCUAUGGCACCUUGGGGCCUCUGCUGGGGCCCUCGGCUAAUCCGCUGAAGCUCCUUAAGGUUGACCCCUCACUACCCUCUCUUCCCACAGAGGAGGCCUACCAGAAACUGGCCACUGAGACGCUGGAGGAGCUGGACUGGUGUCUGGAUCAGCUGGAGACGCUGCAGACCCGGCACUCGGUCAGCGAGAUGGCCUCUAACAAGUUCAAGAGGAUGCUGAACAGAGAGCUGACCCACCUGUCGGAGAUGAGUCGCUCGGGGAACCAGGUGUCCGAGUACAUCUCCAACACCUUUUUAGAUAAACAGCAUGAGGUGGAGAUGCCUUCUCCUCAGACGCAGAAGGAUAAGGAGAAGAAGAAGAGGCCGAUGUCUCAGAUCAGCGGAGUGAAGAAGCUCACCCACAGCUCCAGCCUCUCCAACUCCAACAUCCCCCGAUUCGGGGUCAAAACCGACACUGAGGACCUGCUGGCCAAGGAGCUUGAAGACGUGAACAAAUGGGGCCUUAAUGUUUUUAAAGUGACAGAGUUCUCUGGAAACAGGCCUCUAACAGUGAUGAUGUACACCAUAUUCCAGGAAAGAGAUUUAUUAAAAACAUUCAAAAUUCCACUCGAUACCUUUAUCACGUAUCUGAUGACUUUAGAAGAUCAUUACCACGGAGACGUCGCGUACCACAACAACAUUCACGCUGCUGAUGUCACUCAGUCCACUCACGUGCUUCUGUCAAGCCCAGCUCUCGAGGCUGUUUUUACAGAUCUAGAGAUUCUUGCUGCGAUCUUUGCCAGUGCGAUACACGACGUCGAUCAUCCCGGCGUCUCCAACCAGUUCCUCAUUAACACCAACUCAGAGCUGGCUCUGAUGUAUAACGACUCGUCCGUGUUGGAGAACCAUCACCUGGCCGUGGGCUUUAAGCUGCUGCAGGAGGAAAACUGUGACAUCUUCCAGAACCUCACCAAGAAACAGAGACAGUCGCUUCGUAAGAUGGUUAUCGAUAUUGUUUUGGCUACAGAUAUGUCCAAACAUAUGAAUUUGCUGGCAGAUCUAAAAACAAUGGUGGAGACCAAAAAAGUGACCAGCUCUGGGGUUCUACUGCUGGAUAAUUAUUCAGACAGAAUACAGGUGCUGCAGAACAUGGUGCACUGCGCAGACCUCAGCAACCCCACCAAGCCCCUGCAGCUGUACCGGCAGUGGACCGACCGCAUAAUGGAGGAGUUCUUUAGCCAGGGCGACCGGGAGAGGGAGCGUGGGAUGGAGAUCAGCCCAAUGUGCGACAAACACAACGCCUCGGUGGAGAAAUCUCAGGUGGGCUUCAUCGACUACAUCGUCCACCCCCUGUGGGAAACGUGGGCUGACCUGGUUCAUCCGGAUGCUCAGGAUAUUCUGGACACGCUGGAGGACAACAGGGAGUGGUACCAGAGCACCAUCCCCCAGAGCCCCUCCCCCGCACUGGACACGAGCACAGAGGGCCGCCGGACCGCCGGACAGGACAAGUUCCAGUUCGAACUGACGCUGGAGGAGGACGGAGAGUCGGACACGGAGAAGGACAGCGGCAGCCCCGCGGACGAGGAGGAGGAAGAGGAGGCGGAGGAGGAGGAGGAGGAAGAGGAGGAGGAGAACAGCUGCAGCGACUCUAAAACCCUGUGUACGCAGGACUCGGAGUCUACCGAGAUCCCUCUGGACGAACCGGCGGAGGGAGAGGAGGUGGGGGAGGAGCCGAGGGAGGAGAAGGAGGGGCAUAUAUCAGAACCUUGCGUUUUAGAGGAGGAGGAGGAGGAAGAGGAGGAUGAGGAAGAUGAAGAGGUGGAGGAGGAAGACGAGCAGAACACUGCCAAUACGUGACAGUCUGAGAGCACCUGGACUUCUUUUAUACUAGAGCCAAUUAUUUAUGAAUAAGCUGUAGAGAUUUUUCUUUUUUGAAUUUUUCAUAUUCUUAUAUAUUUUUGGUCUGUUAUGUACUCUACACUGCUGUCCAAAAGUGUGUUUUCAUCUUCAUCAUCAUUCUCAUCGUUCUCAUUGCCACCGUCAUUAUUGUGUUUUAUAUCAUUUAUUUUAGUCAUGACUAGAACUAUUUUUGCACUCAGGAAAAUCUUUUCCACUCGUUUACUCACUCGUUUACUCACUCGUCUGAUUGCUGGAGCUCUGUGGAGUGUGUCAGUGUUUUUACUGAGGGAUUUGUGUUAGUUUACAUCAGUUUCCUCACUGCAGUGGAUUUGAUGGAUGCAGACAUGCUGCUGGUAGAAGUUCACUACACUCCUCUGACGGUUUCCUCUUUCUUCACGUCUGUUGAUCGCUGUCUUCGUGAUUUCACCUCUCGAGUGUUUUUACCAAAGUUAGAUAAAGAUAACCGAACAGUUUAAACUGAGGAAAAAACGCAGUCGCAUCUGCCAAAGAACUACAGCAUCUUCUGUUAUUUACAGAAAAUAAUUCUGUUUUUCUGUCAGUGACCUUUUAAGUUUUUUUAUUCUUUUUUUUUUACAUAAAACUAUGUUUUAUUUAACGCUUAGGUUUUGCUUAACCAGUCUUAAAGAUUUCAUUGCCUGGUGAAAAAGUGAACUCAGAUGGUGCAACUACAUAGUGCUACAAACAGAAUGAGAACUCACAUCAAACCUAUAUUUUUACACUCAACUAUCUUCUUAUGACUGGCUUCUAUGGUCUCAGCUAUUAGAGAACCUUAUUGCAAAGUUUAAAAACUAGGGUUAAGAUUAGCCUGUAAAGCGUAAAAUAACAAUGAUUUGCAUCCCAAUGUUAUUAAAACGUUAAACGUUAAAAAUAAUGUUCCCAAAUGUAAAAAUUUAAACACUGACAAAAGUGACUUUGCAGCUGCGUUACCAGAACUUUUCAAAAUGUUAAAAAUAUUCUAAGAUCCAAAACAAUUUUUUAAAUGCUCUAGUAAAUUAAAAAUGUGAAUUUAAAUGGUCCGACUUUCAUUCUGUAUGCAUCAUUGAUCUAACACAGUUCAUAAAAAUAGAAAAUAUUAAACACUGGAAACAAAGAGCAAAUUUAGAUUUAUAUUUUAUGUGUUUAUAUAAAACAGCAUUUCUCUGACGCUCUGAAGUCUCUGAUACACAAAUAUAGAGUUGGGAAUUUGCUUGGCCAGAGAAUUGAACCCUGUUGCACCAUAGAGAAAGUAUUAGUGGUGUUAUCCACUGUACCCACCAAUACACUGCCUGGCCAAAAUGUUCACAAUAUAGAUUUAACUCAGCAUAUAGAGCCUCCUAUUAGAUAAUAAUUACUGCACAUAUUAUUAAUAUGUUUCAGCUGCAACAAGUUAUUUAACAUUAACUGAUGCAGGGAGUUAUAUUUAUAUAUAUGAAUGUAUAUUUUUUAUUAUAAUUGUUAACCUUGCCGUCACUUUGCCAAACCUUUGCACUCGUUUGGUUGGAGAAGUGCCAACUGAACCGCUGAUCCUGUUUAUUUUAAAGCUGUUUUCUUUUUUGUUUCUUUUUUUCUGCUAUUUUUUUAAUGAUCUCUUUUUCUUGUCAAUUUUUUUUGAUGUGCUCAGAGAAUAACUGUAGCAUCAGAACUGCAGAGUUAGAAGUGAAUACAUUUUAACAUAACUAAAUUAUAAAUGCAGUAAUUAAUCAGAUAUAUGAAAUGAUGGAUGCCUUUUAAAACAGUCUUACAUCACUGUUGUUUUUAUUUAUUUUUUUAAGUUUAUUUCUAGGCCUGUCACGAUAAUCACAUUACAGUAUUUUAACAUGACCUCAAUACUUUUGCAGAUGAACUAACAUGAUUAGCUGUUAUGUUGGCUGUUUAAACAUUUGUUUGUUUUUAUAAACAUUUAGGUACUUUAAAAUGUUCAGAAUCUAAUUACAAUAUCUGAAUAUUCUCUCAUAAAGGGAUUUUAAAGGGAUGCAAUUCCAAUAUUAUUCUAUUAUAUUAUCAGUAUAUCAGUUGCACAAAAUCAAAAUAAAAAAAAUGUUUAUUGCAAUUAUUUCUGGGACAAUAUAUUGUUAUAUAUAAUAGUUAUGGUGACAGGCCUGUUCAUCUCACUGCCAAGUUUCUUCACUCGUCCUCAUCCUCACCCCAUCUUCAUCCUCAUCCUCACCCCAUCUUCAUCCUCAUCCUCACCCCAUCUUCAUCCUGAUCCUCACCCCAUCUUCAUCCUCAUCCUCACCUCAUCUUCAUCCUCAUCCUCACCUUAUCUUCAUCCUCAUCCUCACCCCAUCUUCAUCCUCAUCCUCACCUCAUCUUCAUCCUCAUCCUCACCUCAUCUUCAUCCUCAUCCUCACCUCAUCCUCAUCCUCACCUCAUCUUCAUCCUCAUCCUCACCUUAUCUUCAUCCUCAUCCUCACUCCAUCCUCAUCCUCACCCCAUCCUCAUCCUCAUCCUCACCUUAUCUUCAUCCUCAUCCUCACCUCAUCUUCAUCCUCAUCCUCACCUUAUCUUCAUCCUCAUCCUCACCCCAUCUUCAUCCUCAUCCUCAGCUCAUCUUCAUCCUCAUCCUCACCAGCUACCUUACGUUCAGUGGCUCCUCAUUGUGUCAGUCUGAGUGGAUGUAUUGUACAGUACAUAUUGUUGUUCUGAUCAUGUUGUAAAUGAUUAUAUCAUCCCUAAUGGUGAUGGUGUCGCUGUAUUACAGAACUCUUAUUGAGAGAAUGUUUAUUAUUCAGUAUCUAAAGAACCCAUUUCUAAAACAUCUCCUGUGAGAUAGUUUUGUGUGGAAAAGGUGGAGAAAUCCAAACUAUUGUCUUUUAUUUGUUUUAUUUAUUUGUUUGUUUCUUUAAAGAGAACAGCAGUCCCUUGGCCCCAGGGUUGUGCCUUAAAGAACGUUUAAUCUUUUUGCUGCACUAGAAAAAAAAAACUACUGGCCGUGAAUCGACCUCAUUGUUUUUAUAUUUUUUCUGCUGUUUAUAAAACGUGAGGGAUAAAUCAGACUGUAAUAUAUAUGUGUCGAUGCUGCAGGCCUCAGUCAGUGCAGCAUGGGGGCGCUAGAGUCUGGCGUAUCGUAUUGCUGCUGUUUGACUGUAAAGCUCCAAAGAGGUUUAUGCUGGGUUUUCUUUGUUUAAAACCUGAUCUGAUUGGCCGGGUAUGCGAGGCGUCGGUGUGAUUAUGUGCCGAUCUAUAAGAGUAUUGAUCGCGUUUAUGAAUGUGGGUUUUGGCUCUGUGCCAGACGGUUGGGUUUGAUUUGCAGGUGAUGAAUCACAUUUUAACAUGACAGUUCUACACACUCAUAUCCGGCAUCUGUGUAACAAAACAAUGCGCUUUUUUACGUUAUUCUAAAGGACGGACGGAAUGUGUUUAUAAACUCUAAUCCUGCAGUGAAGGAGAUUUUUGACACGUAUACUGUAGAUUUCUAAUCACACUAAACGGAUAGAAUCAGUGGCUCAUUUUCUGUCUUUUUUGUGUCUUCUUUUUACUUAAUCAGAAAAGAAAAUUAUUUUUUGUUAUGUGACUUGAACGCCAAGUUUUCUGGAGGUUUCAGAGAGAUGAUGUAGUUGUUUAAUGAAUUAUUUAUUUACAGCAGUCUAUUGGAUAAGAAUUGUAGAAACAAAUCUUCUGUAAGAAAAGAGAAAAAAACGAAAUAAAAUGUUUUAUAUGCACCCGAAUAAAGAAAAGCAUGGGUUGACUCCG